AAUUUACUGUGCGUUCUUAAAGUAAUGAAUUAUAAAAUUUUACAUAUGGAUUAUGGAACAUACGUGUGUCGUGAACGGUGAAGUCUUCACUCUUCAAACUUUUACUACUAUUGAUAAAAUGCAGAAAUCGUUAAUUUUCUGAAUGCUUAAUAGUUAUUUACGUAUUUUAAAACCUGUUUAUUUAUGUACAAAAAUCAUCACAAAUCAAAUAUUUUGCGUAUGUUCGCCUGAGGAAAGGCAAUGCUUGAAAAAUGAAGUCAUUUAAAUUAAUAGUUCACCAAUCUAGUUUCAGCACUGAAGAUUUAAUCAUCAAUUUAAAAGACUAUCCAGGCUUAAAGGAAAAAGAUAUAGUUGAAAUAUAUCAUCCAGAAAAUGACUAUCCUUGUUUGCUACUACAAGUUAAUAAACUGGAUGCACCAGGAAAAGGUAGAGAUACUAUUAGUGUUGAACAAAGUAUAGCAACAACAUUUCAGUUACGGACAUUUGCUGAUGUAUAUGUGAAUAUAGUUAAUGUUGCCGAUGUCACUUUGGACUCUGUUGAGUUGACAUUUAAAGAUCAAUAUAUGGGAAGAUCUGAAAUGUGGAGAUUAAAAAAUCAUUUGAUUGGUUCCUGUGUAUAUUUAAACAAAAAAAUUGAGUACUGUGGUGGUGUAAUCCGGUGUCAAGUUUAUGAGAUGUGGUCUCAAGGAGACAGGGUAGCCUGUGGUGUUAUUGGAGAAGAUACAAAGAUUGUAUUCCGGUCAUCCACCUCCAUGGUCUAUUUAUUUAUUCAAAUGUCUUCGGAAAUGUGGGAUUUCGAUAUUCAUGGCGACCUUUACUUUGAAAAAGCUGUCAAUGGAUUUCUAGCAGAUCUUUUUGCUAAAUGGAAGAAAAAUGGAAGCAAUCAUGAGGUGACCAUAGUUUUGUUUUCAAGAACAUUCUAUAAAGCAAAAUCACUUGAAGAGUUUCCUCAACAUAUGAAAGAAUGUUUGCAAAAAGAUUACCGAGGAAGAUUUUAUGAAGACUUUUACAGAGUGGCUGUUCAGAAUGAGAGGUAUGAAGAUUGGUCUAAUGUGCUAUUACAAUUAAGGAGACUCUUUACGGAUUACCAGAAAAUAGUACUGCAAUACCAUGAGAGGCCUAAUAUAGAAAUACCCACAGCUAUAAAUUCAACCGCAGCAAAGGGAAAUUUCCUAGAAGUUCUCAAUAUGAGUUUAAAUGUUUUUGAAAAACAUUAUCUCGAUCGAUGCUUCGAUCGCACCGGGCAACUCAGCGUUGUAAUCACACCUGGAGUAGGAGUCUUCGAGGUAGACAGAGAACUUACUAAUGUGACGAAACAACGUAUCAUAGACAACGGAGUUGGGAGUGAUUUAGUAUGUGUCGGUGAACAACCCUUACAUGCUGUGCCGCUAUUGAAGUUCCACAACAAAGACAGUAAUUUGAACUCUAUAGAUGAUUACUCUAUGCCCCAUUGGAUCAAUCUAUCCUUCUACUCGACCAACAAAAAGGUGGCCUACUCCAAUUUUAUACCGCGAAUAAAGUUGCCACCUCGGAAAAGUCAAGAGCCAUUGCGGAAGAUGUAUGAAGAUGAAACCAAGGGGAAAUUGUUGAAGGAGGAGGAAUAUAAUAUGCAUAAUUCCAUUUUCGAUUAUGAUGCUUAUGAUGCUCAAGUGUUCCAACUGCCGCCAGCGCAUAGCACUUGUGUCCAAAGAGUGAGUAGAACAAAGAAAACCUCGAUGGCUGGGUUAGAAAGCCUGACCAGAAAGAGUCCACCGACAACUAUCAUUCAUCAGAGGAAGAUGUCGGAUCCAGAUAUUCAUCACAGUCUUGGAGAUAUAUUUAGUAAUUAUAAAUAUGGCUCCAAUGACACCGGCAGUGAUGCAACGGACUCCCCUAUAUCAAUACACCGUCUCUCUCCUCGCAGCUCCGUGAACACCCACAAGCCUGUGAUAAGAACAGGCCGGGCCCUAAUUAACCCCUUCGAUCCUUCACACGUCACUGUCAAACUGACAAGUAAUAGACGACGGUGGACGCAUAUAUUUCCAAAAGGUCCCACUGGCGUUCUUAUCCAACAGCAUCACUACCAGGCCAGACCAGCUGGUGAGCCGGCUUCCACGAAGCACGACAGGUGUGACCACGAGAAGGAGAACGGCACGUCGCUGACCAACAACCAUUCUGUGUACCAGGUCGAUGGUAACAUGAUGAGCCGUAAGCGCAUGAUAAGUGCGUCAGGAGCACUGAGCGUCCUAGGUACGCUGGGAGGAACAGUUUCUGGAACAGGUGCACCCUCUACAACCAACAACGCCUCGCUAGCACUACUGUGGGGUGCCACAGGGGAGCAGGAGUGGACACCUGCGCUCACAACAGCGAAUCGAGAAAUAGGAGUGGAUUGGAAAUCUUUAACGAUCCCGGCGUGUUUGCCAAUAACAACGGAUUACUUCCCCGACAAAAGAUCACUGCAGAAUGAUUAUCUGGUGUCCGACUAUAAUCUGCUGCCUGACGAUGUGAACGCUGAUUUUGCACAAAACCGAGCCAUAUACAAAGAGCCACUCACAACAAUGGAGGUGUUUAAGGAGCUGGUGUCUCAGCGUUUGGCACAGGGUUUCCAAUUAAUUGUUGGUGUGAACGAGAACGAGGUGAUAGAGGCGCACUGCCCGUCGAGCCACGCGCCUCCGCCCUCCAAGGUGGCUCCGCAGAGCAGCAAGCCUUCACAUGUGUCGCACACCAAGCGGUACCUGCUCUCCAUCGGCAGGAUAUUCCACAAGCUGACCCUGGUCGGCUCCACCAUCACCGUCACAAGAUACAGGCCGAGACACCCGUACCCGCCGUUCAACAUUCACUACAGGUAUCGGUUCCACGCGCCCAACCACGACACAUACGAGGUGUCGUGGGUCGCCUUCACCACCGAGAAGCUGGAGAACUAUAACUGGAACUAUAUGGAUCACUAUAUAUGUACGAGAGGAGAUACCGAUUUCGCUUUAGUUGAGCCAUUGAAGUAUUGGAGGUUCCGUACGCUUUUGUUGCCGUUAAACAACCCAGCGACCAAACAGAUCCUCGAAGACGAGUCGACUCACUGCGACGUGUAUCCAACGCCGACUCGGUUCGACCUAGAUCAUCUAACCGAGGGAUUCCUUAAAAUGACUGAGUCCUAUUUCAAUAAAGUUAAAAGACCUAACAAACAGAGGAUGGCGUGUGGGACCGGCAACUGUUCCGCAGCGGAGUCCGCGCUCACCCGCCGACGGCACUCCACCUCCAUCCUCACGCGGAACGCCCAGCAGGGCGGUGUGUCCAAUUCACCGUUCAGAGAGCGAGUGGGCAGUACCCGUCUGCCCGACCGGCCGCGCCUUCGGAUCGAGGCUAUAGCCGCGGCAAAAACAGUUCUGGAGAGAACACAGUCACAAACUGGGGAAAGUGACGACGGAUGUGAUGAUGGCGUUAUAGAACCAAAACUAAAAGCGAAUGCAACGUUGUCCGACAUCUUGGAGCGAAUGCGUCACCCGACACUGGGCGUGGGCUUUCUCCAACAAACCGUCAGCCUUCCCUCCCACACGUUCGUCUCCAUCUACGCCAUUCACUGGCUCCAAGCUAACAUGGAGAACGUUACGUAUGAGAAAGCCACGGGGAUUAUGGAGAAAUUAUUGCAAGACAAAAUGAUAUGCCAUGCCUCCGGCGACACUCUGAAACGGUUCGUUGUCGGCUACUACAUGUAUCACAUUCUGCCACAGAAGAAGGACAAAGAAUUGCAAGAUUAUGUAAAACCGUUAGGUGACCUGCAGAGCUUUGAGAAUGAGUGGAUGGAAGUUGAGGUGCUUGGUCCCAGGUCGCCUAUCCUGCAGUCGGAGACAACCAGCGGCGCUAUUGACAUAUCAGGAACCAGUCCCGUAGUAGACGAUUCUGGCAUUCCCGCCUUCCUGUGCGACAACAUCGACCCGAAUUACAUGCAACUUGGAAAUGACGACAUGCCGCUGUACAAGAAUACUCACUUAGACAUAGAUGUUAACAACAAGAGUGACAGGAUAGAGUGGGGCCACGCCAGGUACCAGGCCACCUUCAGACCAGACCAGGCCUACGAGAUGUGCAUCCAGUGGGCGGUUGCCAGUGGGAACGUUGUUGCCGAACUGAUAUUUGGAUGGGCUCGGAAAGCGCAGAGUUGUAGACUUCAAAUGGUCCCGAUACCGGCAGAUCCCCUUGCGUUGCCCUUCACAGAGAAGUCGGACCCUCUCCGUGGACCUAUCUACGUACCGCUCAACGAAGAACCACUGCUAAGAGGAAAGAGUGCUUUGUUUGAAGGAUUCCCGGAGGAGCAGUGGCCGGAGCGUCUAUUCCUAUUUCAAGAAGCGAUCGUGGGCCGUUUUGGUUUCAUAAAGUGUACGGUGGAGAGUACGUCCCACGCGGCCGGCGUAGGGGAUCACCUGUACGUGCACGUCACCGGUAACAUGUUCAUCCUGAUACCCACCACAGUCAAGUCGGAACACAAAGCUCUGAGGAAACCAGUCAACAAGCCACUGAACGCCAGCAGAUAUCCAGUUCAUUCAGAAGCAGCCCCAAGUCCUCACGAGGGCUACAUUACGCGUCAUGUCAGCGGAAAAAAUAAGGACGAUUACGACAACAGCCGCCGGAUGGGAUUUCUAUGGUCAUGGAACCAUAUGAUUUCCAAGAAGUGGAAAUGGUCACAAACACCUGCAACUGGUGAUGAGGGUUUCCAGAUGAGGAUGUUGCGCGACUUUAAACACUUCUGUGCAAAUCAUGAACAAAGACUGAGCCAGUUUUGGGAUCAAUGCUGGGAGUUACAAGAGAACGCGAAAGGAAUCAAGUGUCGUUAACAUUUUAUAUAACUUAAUUAAAAUAUGUUAUAACUGUC